CUCCGAACCGAGACCUAGCCCUUGGGACAAUAUGGCGGCCUCCUAGACUGAAAAUGUUUCUCUGGCUCAGCAGGCAACACUAGUGAGACGUCAAGCUGUCAUUAUCCUUGAGAAAAACCCAUUGCUGCUGAACUAGUGUAAGAGAAAACAGGCAGUAUGGGAGACAGGCUGAAGGACAUCCGAGAGCGCCAGAGGAAGCGUCGGGAGCUGCUGGCCCAACAGCUGGGAGCAGCAGAUGCAGACAGCCUGGGACAGGUGCUGAAGAGUAAGGUGGAGCUGGAAGAACAAGCCAAGGCUGCUCCAGCUGCCAGGGCCACUGAUGAGCCACCUGAAGCCAAGCGCAGGGCCACGGAGUUAAGUGUGGAUAAAGAAGAACGGAAGGAUGCAGAAUGGCAGGGUGAUGGGGAUGAGGAUGAAUACUUUGAAUUGGUGGAAGAGGUUUACCAAGACUCCAGUACCUUUUUAAAGGGGACUCAGAGUGCCAACCCUCACAAUGACUACUGUCAGCACUUUGUGGACACAGGGCAGCGACCACAGAAUUUCAUCAGAGAUGUCGGACUAGCAGACAGGUUUGAAGAGUACCCAAAGCUAAAAGAGCUCAUCAAGCUAAAAGACGAGCUCAUUGCAAAAACAGCAUGUCCACCAAUGUUUCUUCAGUGUGACCUGGAGACAUUUGACAUGCGUGAACUGGACUACAAGUUUGAUGUUAUAUUGAUAGAACCACCACUGGAGGAGUAUCAGAGAGAAGGAGCUUUGUACAGUGGCAAGUUCUGGGCUUGGGAAGAGGUGAUGAAGCUAGAAAUUGAAGAGGUUGCUGCCCAGCGAUCCUUCAUCUUCCUGUGGUGUGGGUCUGGGGAUGGGCUGGACUGGGGCAGGAAGUGUUUACGUAAGUGGGGGUUCCGACGCUGUGAGGAUAUCUGCUGGAUCAAGACGAAUAUCAACAACCCGGGAGUCAAGAAGAACCUUGAACCAAAGGGUAUCUUCCAGAGGACUAAGGAGCAUUGCUUGAUGGGUAUAAAAGGGACGGUCCGCCGUAGCACAGAUGGGGACUUCAUUCAUGCUAAUGUAGACAUUGAUCUGAUCAUCAAUGAGGAGCCAGAACACGGGAGUAUUGAGAAACCAGAUGAGAUCUUCUCCAUAAUGGAGCACUUCUGUCUGGGGAGGCGUCGACUGCACGUCUUUGGGCGGGAUGACACCAUCAGACCAGGAUGGCUGAGUAUUGGCCCAGCACUCACCAACACCAAUUUCUCUGCGGAGACCUACAAGGCUUUCUUCAACAAAGGACCAAACGACUUCCUAACAGGAUGUACAGAGAAGAUAGAAGCACUCCGACCCAAGUCACCCACACCCAAAAUCAAAGGGGAGGGCAGAGGAGGAAGGGGAGGGGGCCGGGGAGGGUCAAGCAGAGGUGGAGGGGGAAGAGGUGGAUUUGGGGGGAGAGGUGGGUUUGGGGGGAGGGGACGGGGAAGGGGCAUGCACAGAGGUGGCUAUAAUCCCAGAUAGGUCUUUGGUUCUGAGUAAGAAGAAGAUAUUUUCCAGGUCAAAAAUUGUAUCGAAAUCAUGUAGUUCUUGUAAGGCCAUAUAUGAUGAAAUAGCAAGUCUCUAUCAGUACCUGCUGUCACCAUACAACCUCUGAAGCUUUUCCAGUGUAGGUUGAGCUUAAUCUAAGGGCACAACCCCACAUACGUGCAAAUACGUGCUGUCUACGUGCCAAAACGUCUUUUGGGAUCCGUAAGUGGUAAGUACCGCCUCGGUACAAACUCUAGAGAAUCUGACGGAUUUUGGAGCACACAGACAUGCCGUAGAACUUUACGUGCAGGCAAAGCUUUGUGUGCCAUCGGGCUGCGGGUUUGCCCCCCUGUACGUGCCAGUAUGAGCAAUGCGCCUGCCCUGUACGCCUGAACGUUCUCAAAAAUGUGUUUUGGUGGUGGCCUCAAAAACGUACGGACAAAUCGCACGUAUGGCAGGUUGUGCCCUUAGCUUAAAUGAACAACGUACUGUUGUGGAUUCAACUAGCUAUCUGAUUUGCAAUGGAAAUUAGCCUUGAAAUAGAUUGCACUUAGUUGGUUUUUGUGAGAUUUUUGUUGUUGUUCAAAUCCAACUCAGAACAGGAAAAUCACACCAUCUUAAUGCAUAACUAAUACUACAAUCUGAAAUACAUUAAUGUGAAAUCAAGUCAGUUCAGGAGAAACAUGUUGGCUUAGAGAAAAUGGUACUGAUUUGAUUGUCAUCUUAUUUUUAGAAACUGUUGACUGAAUUUAAGAACCAUUACAUUAAAUUUGUAUUAUGUUGGCAUAAUGUGAUCAAUGUACAGCUUUAUAACACACUGGCAUACGAUGAGACCUACUAAAGAUAAACAUGUCAUGUUGCUACUAGCCACUUUUCAGAACUUUUCCCUUCCAUCCAGAUUAGAUAUGAGUUAGUGUAUCGGCUGAAUAUGGGCAAUGUCAUGAUCAGAACAGGAUUACACUGAUGUGGUUUCAAUCAGAUUCACUUAAUAUUGUGAAUAUCCCUCUCCCAAUACAAGCCUGUAAUAUGGGUGUUAGUAUGCACGUCUUUGAAUAGAAAUGUGGCAUCAAUGACAUUUAUUAGAUAUGUACAUUGUUAGAAUAGUAUGACAGACUGCGAUGUCACCAUAUGAUGCUUCAGUCAGUCCACAGGCAGACCAUAAUAUAAGUAUGAAUACCCAGUGUGUUUGAUGAUGUCUGGUGACUUGAAUUUUUUGGUAAGAAUAGCACUGCAGCCAUGUAAAAAUGUAAAACUGAGCCUGAAGGAAAUAGAAAUAUUAAAGUAAACGUUCCUUACAGUUGUGUUCCCCUGGAGUAAAGAAACUUGCCAUUUGUAAUUUUACCCGUAGCUAAGGCCAUACCAAUUUUAUUUGUUGUUUCUCAGAUUUUUUUUUCAGAAGAAAAUUGGGUCCGUCGGUCGGUCGGUCGAAAAAAAAAUUGCCAAAAAGUCGGGGGUAGGAGAGAUAGAGGGGCUUACUUAAGUUACACAACAGAAAUAACAACAGAUAAUUGUUUUCAGAUUUUCUACAUGUGCUUGAAUCAAAAUGCGUCCAAAUUUAGGUUUUUUUUCUGGAUUAUUUACCCUAAACUCGUAGCUUUGCUGGGCCAAGCAGCUUCAUAUUUUCCCGUUGUCAAGGUGUGGCCAUCAAUUUGAAAAGUUGUUUUUUUUUAAUCGGAAAAAAUAAGGUCGGGAAAUCUGAGAAACAACAAGUAAAAUUGGUGUGGCCUAAGCACUUAGUAUUUAAAUGCUUCCAUGGCACAUGGACUUUUUUUGCACCCUUAGUCACAAAUACCACGUAGGCUUUUCAUUAAAAUACCUUUUGAAGCUAGUAUUAGCAAAAUCUAUGAAACUGUCUGACAUUUCGUUGUUAUGAACACCAACAUGGAUCCUUUUAGAG